UGUCUUGAGAGAAAAGCACUGGUGCGUUCGUAGAUUGCAACGGUCUUAAGGAAAAGCUUGCCAAGAACUCACUGCCAAAUUGCUGGCCUACGUGCACGUUUCCUUCGAAGUCCGAGCCCUUUAGAUCCGUGGGACUUAUUUCCGAGUAAGCACACGAACGACCAGGCGGCCAGGCACAGUUCGUAGUUCCAGCAUUUGCAACAUGAGGACAAUCAACAAAGUCCUAAACGCCACAGGAUGGUUGUUUAAGGAUGCAUGGAAUUAGAGAACACUCGCCUUUCGGCUGCUAUAAUCACAAAGUUUCACAAAUUGAUUGACUGAUUUAAACCCACAUAUCAGCAUCAUAUCUACGUUUACUCAAAUCACUCUUCCACACGAGGCUCACUCCUAAGCACGCCUAGAACGGCAGCCCUACAGCCCGAUGCCGACUUGGAACUUACAGCGAGAUCUUAACCCUGGCCACUCAGCAGUAAGCCUUUUUGAAUUCAUUAGGUAAAUGGGCUUACGGCGGAAGCCUCAUUAAAUCUCACCGGGUGUGCAGCCCCUAAUUCUGUUUAUUGCGAAGGAACUCCUUGUGUCCAGUGAGGCUUACUCCUAAGCAGUGGUGGCUGCUGCCCAUUGGGACUGGUGAGCGGAAGACGGGGAGCCCAAUAGCGGCGCUACACGAAACUGACGAUUGCUCCAAAGGUACCAUUCUUCGUAAUUACAACGUCAGACGCACCUGAUCGUUGGCGGCCGGCACCGGGUCUACUCCGCAGCGUUUGCUGGUGGUUCGGUCCGUACGGCACCGGCUAAGGCGGGCACGCGGUCAUUCCAUUUCUCCUCUGGGUCGGGGGUGAACCGUCGCUAUGGUGAAGGAGCAGUUCCGCGAGACGGAUGUGGCCAAGAAGAUAAGCCAUAUCUGCUUUGGGAUGAAGUCUCCAGAAGAGAUGCGGCAGCAGGCUCACAUCCAGGUGGUUAGUAAAAACCUAUACAGUCAAGAUAACAAUCACUCACCUUUGCUAUAUGGUGUACUGGACCAUCGAAUGGGUACAAGUGAAAAAGAUCGUCCAUGUGAAACCUGUGGAAAGAAUCUGGCCGAGUGUUUGGGGCAUUAUGGCUACAUUGACCUGGAAUUACCUUGUUUCCAUGUUGGGUACUUCAAAGCUGUGAUAGGCAUUUUACAGAUGGUUUGUAAGACUUGUUGCCGUAUCAUGCUGACCCAUGAAGAACGUAAACAAUUUUUGGAUUAUCUGAAGAGACCUGGCUUGACCUACCUCCAGAAACGGGGCUUGAAAAAAAAGAUAUCUGAAAAGUGCAGGAAAAAGAACACCUGCCCAUAUUGUGGGGCUUUUAAUGGUACUGUAAAGAAGUGCGGAUUACUGAAGAUAAUCCAUGAGAAAUACAAAACCACUAAGAAGAUAGUGGAUCCCAUCGUAUCUAACUUCAUACAGUCCUUUGACACUGCUGUGGAACAUAAUAAAGAGAUUGAAUCCUUACUGGGGAAAGCCCAGGAGAACUUGAAUCCCUUAGUGGUUUUAAAUCUCUUAAAGAGAAUUUCCGCAGAAGAUAUCCCUCUACUUUUGAUGAAUCCUGAAGCAGGCAAGCCUUCCGACUUAAUCCUGACACGACUCUUGGUUCCCCCACUAUGCAUUAGGCCCUCUGUAGUGAGUGACUUAAAAUCGGGCACCAACGAGGAUGACUUAACAAUGAAGCUGACAGAAAUAAUUUUUCUCAAUGAUGUGAUCAAAAAGCAUAGGAUAUCAGGAGCCAAAACUCAGAUGAUAAUGGAGGACUGGGAUUUCCUGCAGUUGCAGUGUGCUCUGUACAUUAAUAGUGAACUCUCCGGCAUUCCUCUCAACAUGGCGCCCAAGAAGUGGACAAGAGGCUUUGUUCAAAGGCUGAAGGGAAAGCAAGGUCGGUUUAGAGGAAACUUGUCUGGAAAGCGAGUGGACUUUUCAGGCCGAACAGUUAUCUCACCUGACCCAAACUUACGCAUUGAUGAAGUGGCUGUACCUGUUCAUGUUGCAAAAAUACUAACAUUUCCUGAGAAGGUGAACAAAGCCAACAUCGGCUUUAUGAGGAAACUUGUUCGGAAUGGUCCAGAGCUUCAUCCUGGAGCCAACUUCAUUCAGCAGAGGCAUACCCAAAUGAAAAGGUUUUUGAAAUAUGGAAACCGUGAGAAGAUGGCUCAGGAACUGAAGUAUGGUGACGUUGUAGAGAGGCACCUCAUAGAUGGGGAUAUAGUCCUGUUUAACCGACAGCCCUCUUUACACAAGCUCAGCAUCAUGGCUCAUAUAGCCAGAGUAAAACCCCACCGGACCUUCAGAUUUAAUGAAUGUGUCUGUACACCAUACAAUGCUGACUUUGAUGGUGAUGAGAUGAAUCUUCAUCUUCCUCAAACUGAAGAAGCCAAAGCAGAAGCGCUGGUUCUGAUGGGGACCAAAGCAAACUUGGUUACACCAAGAAAUGGAGAACCUCUUAUUGCUGCAAUUCAGGAUUUCCUUACAGGUGCUUACCUCCUCACGCUGAAAGACACUUUUUUUGACCGAGCUAAAGCUUGUCAGAUUAUUGCUUCUGUCCUUGUUGGCAAGGAUGAAAAAAUUAAAGUUCGCCUUCCACCUCCAGCAAUUCUCAAGCCGGUAACCCUGUGGACAGGAAAACAGGUCUUCGGUAUAAUUUUGAAGCCUAGUGACAGUUGUGCUGUAAAGGCCAACCUCCGAACCAAGGGCAAGCAGUAUUGUGGCAAGGGAGAAGACUUGUGCAGCAAUGAUUCCUAUGUUGCAAUCCACAACAGUGAGUUGAUGUGUGGCAGCUUGGACAAAGGAACUUUAGGGUCUGGAUCUAAAAAUAAUAUCUUCUACAUUUUGCUGAGAGAUUGGGGACAAGUGGAGGCAGCUGAUGCUAUGUCACGACUAGCGAGGCUUGCUCCUGUUUACCUCUCUAAUCGAGGAUUUUCAAUUGGAAUUGGUGAUGUAACCCCAGGACAAGGGCUGCUGAAGGCAAAAUACGAACUUCUGAAUGCUGGCUAUAAGAAAUGUGAUGAGUAUAUUGAAGCUUUGAAGACUGGGAAGCUGCAGCAGCAGCCUGGCUGUACAGCAGAAGAGACACUAGAGGCAUUAAUUCUGAAAGAGCUGUCUGUGAUCAGAGACCAUGCUGGCAGUGCCUGUCUUAGAGAGCUAGAUAAGAGUAACAGCCCCCUCAUCAUGGCUCUUUGUGGUUCAAAAGGCUCCUUCAUUAACAUCUCCCAGAUGAUUGCUUGUGUAGGACAACAGGCUAUCAGUGGGUCACGAGUACCUGAUGGCUUUGAGAACCGAUCCUUGCCUCAUUUUGAGAAGCAUUCCAAGCUUCCAGCAGCUAAAGGGUUUGUUGCCAACAGCUUCUAUUCUGGCUUGACGCCCACUGAAUUUUUCUUCCACACGAUGGCUGGUCGUGAAGGUCUAGUUGAUACAGCUGUUAAAACAGCUGAAACAGGAUACAUGCAGAGACGACUGGUAAAGUCACUUGAAGAUCUGUGCUCACAGUAUGACUUGACUGUCAGGAGUUCAACUGGUGACAUUAUUCAGUUCAUUUAUGGUGGGGAUGGCUUGGACCCUGCAGCUAUGGAAGGGAAAGAUGAACCUCUGGAGUUCAAGCGUGUCCUGGACAACAUCAGAGCCGUGUAUCCAAGCCGAAGUGAGCCAGCACUUAGUAAAAAUGAAUUGGUGUUAACAGCUGAAUCCAUCAUGAAGAAGAAUGAAUUCCUUUGCUGCCAGGACAGCUUCCUACAGGCAUUAACUGAAACAGGUUAUGCAACAUACAAUGAGGAAAUUAAAAAAUUCAUCAAAAAUAUGUCUGAAAAGAUAAAGAAAACAAGGGACAAGUAUGGCAUUAAUGACAAUGGCACAACAGAGCCAUAUGUUUUAUACCAAUUGGACCGGAUUACACCAACCCAGCUGGAGACGUUUCUAGAGACCUGUAGAGAGAAGUAUAUGAGGGCACAGAUGGAGCCUGGCUCUGCAGUGGGAGCUCUGUGUGCUCAGAGCAUUGGAGAGCCUGGCACACAGAUGACUCUGAAAACUUUCCAUUUUGCUGGUGUUGCCUCAAUGAACAUCACACUAGGAGUGCCAAGGAUCAAAGAGAUCAUCAAUGCCUCCAAAGCAAUCAGUACACCAAUAAUCACAGCCCAUCUUGACACGGAUGAUGAUCCAGACUUUGCCCGUUUGGUUAAAGGAAGAAUAGAGAAGACGCUACUAGGAGAGAUUUCAGAGUACAUUGAAGAAGUUUUCCUUCCUGAUGACUGUUUUAUUCUUGUCAAGCUUUCGUUAGAACGGAUUAGACUGCUGAGACUGGAAGUUAAUGCAGAGACAGUGCGGUAUUCUAUUUGUGUCUCGAAGCUGAGAGUGAAGCCUGGGGAUGUGGCUGUUCAUGGUGAGGCUGUUGUGUGCGUUACUCCCCGAGAGAAUAGCAAAAGUUCAAUGUACUAUGUCUUGCAGUCCCUGAAGGAAGAACUACCAAAAGUGGUUGUGCAAGGUAUCCCAGAAGUGUCUCGUGCUGUCAUUCAUAUUGAUGAGCAGAGCGGGAAGGAGAAGUACAAACUGCUGGUAGAAGGUGACAACCUGCGAGCUGUCAUGGCCACACAUGGAGUCAAAGGAACAAGGACUACAUCUAACAACACUUACGAGGUCGAGAAAACCUUGGGCAUUGAGGCUGCUCGGACCACCAUUAUCAAUGAGAUACAGUAUACUAUGGUAAACCAUGGUAUGAGCAUUGACCGGAGACAUGUGAUGUUGCUGUCUGACCUGAUGACAUACAAGGGUGAAGUUCUGGGGAUUACUCGUUUUGGCUUGGCAAAAAUGAAGGAGAGUGUUUUGAUGCUUGCUUCUUUUGAGAAGACGGCCGAUCACCUCUUUGAUGCUGCAUACUUUGGACAGAAGGAUUCAGUCUGUGGUGUUUCUGAGUGCAUCAUUAUGGGUAUUCCAAUGAACAUUGGAACUGGACUUUUCAAGCUACUGCAUAAAGCUGAUAAGGAAGCAACCCCCCCAAGAAGACCCUUAAUUUUUGACAACCCUGAUUUUCAUAUUUCCCUUACUACAUAGUAGCUAGAGAACACCAAACAGCAAGUAGAUGGUAUAUUUUAAACUGGAGCUGAAUGCCUCUCUAAAUAGGUUUAGAAGGCUGGAUAAGUGAGAGAUCAUGAUGUGCACAACUGAUCCACCACUGCUGUAGGCGUUUAUCUUUUGUGUAUUUAUUCCACAGAGAACUCUUUUAUUUUCCCUGCUGUGUUGAAAAGCUGUUACAUAGAUUGUGAGACCCCAAAUCCCUAUAAAAGGGAAUGUGCUUAACAUUUUUAUUUGGAUUUCCGUCAGAAGUAUUACCUAUAGUGAUAGGAAAGAUUUCUGUUGCCUCUACCAGCUGUGAUAAACAUCUAUCAGAGUGCCCAAAGUAAUUUGCUGUUGGAUCCAUGUAGGAUAGAAGAGAGGUUGCCUUCUGCUGGCUUAUGCAAUACAUUGCUUGUUCUGUUACGUGUACUUGGGCAAGAAAUUUUUGUCUCCAUGUGGUGGCUUCUUAGUGUUUGCCAUGCAGUUUACCAAAAAAACAGUGGGCCAAGGAAUGAUGUAUAUUUCGGGACUACUUCAUGCAAUUCAGUUCCAUGUGGAUUUCAUCACAGUAAUUAUUCAAACAAAAAGAGGGAGAGAACUGGAAAUCCAAAUUGGCCCUUUAUGAUAGCAAGGGAUAUACUACUCAUUUGUCUCAUCAGUGCAAGGAUUUCCACUUGUGCAAUGGGACUUCCCCCUCCUCCCCCUGCAUAUGGCCUGCACCCUUUCCAAAUCUAUUCCAGAAGGUCAGGUUAACCCUUUGAACAGAUUUGGGGGGGGGAGAGGGAAGAGGGAGAGAAUGUUCCAUUGUGCAAGCUGAAAUCCUUGCACUGAAGGAAUGAUUGCCUGAGCACUAUGUUGAAUUCCACCCAUUAAGUUGAGUGGUGAAAUGUAAUUAGCACUUUGGAGGCCCAAAAAUACUCCUACAGCAAGGAUUUUUUGGUGGGUAGCUAGGGAUCAUGGGUAAUAUGGAUUUGAUUUUAUUAGUAAAAAAGGGUUCAGACAAUGACCUUAUCAGCUAAGAUUCAAGCAGACACUGAAUAUUUCUCCAACCUAACUGAGGUCAGGGUUGACGGUAGUGUUAUGUUAACAAUGAGCAAAUGGGAAUGACUGGAAAUAGUGUCAGUGGGCCCUGUUGGACACCGGCAGACAUUCCUUGUGGAUUGGAUUGGAUUGUUCCCAAGAAAGGUACUAAAUUCAUUUUCUUAAGACACUGACAGUAAAGAUUUUAAAUGAAUGAAUGUGCUUGGAACCCUUCAGAGUUUUUAUAGGAAAUAGCAUGACAAGGAAACCUGUGUGGAUAUGAAAUCAAUGCCCCCUUUUUUUCUUUUGGUUUAAAUUAACCCUUUGGGGUUCAAUUGAUUCAUACUUUUCAUGUUGGUCCUGAACUGCUUUGCUUAUCAAAGGGAGAGCAUUUAACUACUUCGCAGUUACUCUUUUUGGGUUUGUUAGCAUUGUCCCCGAUGUAGGAACUAAGAUAAUCUUCUGGAUAUUUUUUGUUUAAUUAUUCUUUAUUUAAGAAAAAUUAUAACAUGCAGCAGAUUGCUUAGUUAUUUUUCACUAUGUAUGAAGAAACAAAUUCUCAAUACAAAGCAAGAUAAUCUGGAAAAAUCAUGAUGGUGAUUUAAAAUAUAUAUAUAUAUAUAUAUAUAUAUUGCUAACUAAAAAUAGCAUGCAGCCAGAAUGGCUUCUGGAUUCCCUUUUGAAGAUGAAGACUAUGAUGAAGAAAGCACUACAAAAGCUUCCAACUAAAGCCAAAGUAAAUUGUCAGGAGUAGAAGCCAAUCCAGAAGACAACACAGAUCUAAAUAUGAACUGCUAAAUAUCUCCUACCACUAGAGGGAAUUGAGUGUAGCAACUAAUGUAAACGCUGUGCUGAGCUGUUAUGAGCACCAUGAAGUUGGAGUAUUAAAAAUAUGAAUUUGUGGGAGGAGAUGGGUUAUUUCUAAAUUCAUUGCAAACUAGUCUGUAUUUGAAAAGCUAGGCGGAUGGGAGCAAGAGCCAGUGUGUUCGUUGCAGUUUGUGCUUCCAGUAAGGCAGUUUGCAGAUUCAUCUUUGAGUUAGCAGCGAGUCUGAAUGUCCUAUCACUAUCCUAUCUCAGUUUUGGGGAUACUAAUACAAGACCUUAAAAAAGGCUUUCCAAAAAAAUCCCUUCCAAAAGUUUAAGUAGCAUGGGAAAACCUUGUUUUCUUAUACUGUAAAUAUAAAUAAAAAGUUUUUUCAAGA